AUGGCAGUUAACCAACGUUUCGAAAUACUUUCAUUAGUUGUUCGAAAUGUUCUUUCAUCGAACUCGAAACAUUUUCAAUUACAUGGUGAUAAACAAUUUAUAACACAAAUUUUACCAACAGCCCCUGAUCGAGCGUUCAUAGGCAAUGAUUGUUAUGAUUCAAGCUUUGAUCUUGGUUCGAUAACCUAUAUAGAUAUUCUACAACGAUUAUUAAGAUUAGGUUUUCAAAUUCAAUCAUCAGCUGCUGGAUCAUUUGCUUUACCUAAGCCUGAAAAAUCGAUUAUUAAAAACGAACCCCAACAAAUCGCACCUCAGGAUACGUUUGUUCUUCAAUAUACACUUGUUCGAGCGCAUGUUGUGGGCUAA